CCCGGCCCGGCCCAGGCUGAGCCCCGCGGCCGCUGCGGGCGGAGAGAAGAUGGCGGCGCCGGGCGAGUACUUCAGCGUGGGCAGCCAGGUGUCCUGCCGCACCUGCCAGGAGCAGCGCCUGCAGGGCGAGGUCGUCGCCUUCGACUACCCCAGCAAGAUGCUGGCGCUCAAAUGCCCCUCUUCCAGCGGGAAGCCUAACCACGCAGAUAUCCUGCUCGUAAACUUACAGUAUGUGUCAGAAGUGGAAAUAAUUAACGACCGCACGGAAACACCUCCUCCUUUAGCUUCACUCAAUGUUAGCAAGCUUGCCAACAAAGCACGGACGGAGAAGGAAGAGAAAAUGAGCCAGGCGUAUGCAAUUAGUGCUGGUGUCUCUCUGGAGGGGCAGCAGCUCUUCCAGACUAUACAUAAGACCAUUAAAGACUGUAAAUGGCAGGAGAAGAACAUCGUUGUGAUGGAAGAAGUCGUCAUUGCCCCUCCCUACCAAGUGGAAAACUGUAAAGGCAAAGAGGGGAGCGCCCUGAGUCACGUACGCAAAAUAGUGGAGAAACAUUUUCGAGAUGUGGAAAGCCAGAAGGUAAUGCAACGUUCACAAGCACAGCAGACACAGAAGGAGACGUCCCUGUCGUCCUGAGGCCUGCGCCGGCGCCCGGGCUCCCCGCUGCAAGUCCCGGAGGCGGGAGGGCACCCGCGGGGGGGAUCAGCUUUUGUUUCCUUUCUUUUGAGCUCGUUAAUGGGGAGCUCAACCGAUUCCAAACCUUAGACUUUAAAACAAACGAGAAAAGAGAAUAAUUUAAAAGCUCAUGCAUUACUUGACUAACAGACUUUCCUUUGUCCGCCAUCUUUUCUUCCCCACUGGCCAGUCAGACUUGGUUGCUUUUAUUUUGUUUUAAGCUCUCUUUUCGUUUUUCCUGCCCCCUCCCACCCUUCUUUACUUUUCUAAAGGACAUCUGUCCCCUCGGCUCUCCUCCUGCCCAUCUCCCUUCCCCCCACCCUCCCCACAACCCCUCCAGAAAUAAAAGGAACGAGCUGACUGCAGUGGCCGAGCCGAGACCCUUGUGACCAGAGCCCGGUCUCGUUUUAAUUUUGUUUGCACAGGGCAAGGCUUGAAUUACUCUUUAUUUUUCUUAUCUUUAAAUAUAUAUAUGAAUAUAUAUUAAAAUGUUCUUUAAAUAUUUUCUGCUUCUAGCAGUUCUCUCGAUCCAGGAUCGUGGCAAAAACAUCCCCGACCCCCUCCCUCCCUGCCCUCGCACCCGCCGGCCCCAGGGAAGGGGCAGCAGCCUCCCCCCGGCCAGCCCUGAGUUUGGGGCUUCCCGAGUUACCCCUUCUCUUUAAUCCUUUGGGGUUUUUUUCCUUUUUUAUCAAUUUCUUUUUAAUUUCCUUUUUUUUUUUCCCCCCCCCCUUCUUUUUUUUUGCCACGACCCUCCCCCGUCCCGUUUUGGUUUUGUUUUCAAAGGAAACGAGUCGCCGUCUGUCCCCGAACAAUUCAAGCCCUGCCUUCAGGAGAGGUUUCACUGAACCUUAAAAAAAACCAAGAAAAACAGGAAAAAAAUUAAGAAAAAAAAAUAGUAAAAACACAAAAAAAGGGAGAAUUUUUUAGCAUUGUUUAGCGACGAGAAAAACCAAUAAAACCCGCAAUUUUUUUAACCAUCA